GAAAUAAAGAAGGGCAACUCCCACCUUCUUCUUCUCCAACCUUUCAACCUCCAGUUCAAACACAUUGGUAUUGAUCAAUCAGUCAAUGCCAAUCGCGACCUCGUUAUAAUUAUUCCAGUGAGCGACUUGAAGUCUUUGCGCUUACUGUCUUGGGGACGAAGAAAGACUUCACGAGUUUGGUUUGCGACAGAAAGAACGAACAAACCAUUGCGAUAAGAUACCCACUAUUAUAAUAUUCAAACCAUCACGACGGCGAACGAGGAAAGGAAUCCGCUUCUUGUAUAUACUUCAGACGACGACGACGAGCAGGAUUCUCAAUUAGGGAAGGGCAAAGGGAAAGGAAAAAUGGCAAGCAAGGAAUUCGGGGCCAAGACAACGGCGGUGGAGACGUAUGAGGCGAAUGGAGAGAGUUAUCACAAAGGUAGUGAUGGGUUGGAGGCCAGUGGUGAGGGAAGUGGGAGUAUUCAGAUGACGGGCGAUGGCCAGGUUAAUGGGGAUGUCAAUCCCGAGGUUUUGGAGCAUGCGAUUGAGGUUCUGGAGACGAAGAACAAGAAGUGGUAUGCCUACUUGACUACCAGGGAUUUCUGGUUUGUGUUGGCUCUUGGACAAGUCCUCGCCCUCUGCAUCACAGCCACAAACACAUUCUCCACCCUACUCGUCAACAAGGGGACAUCCAUCCCAGCCUUCCAAACGCUCUUCAACUACAUCGUCCUAACCGCCAUCUACACCACCUACACCAUCUACCGCUACGGCAUCAAGAAAUACCUGAAACUCCUCCUGGUGGAUGGCUGGAAAUACAUCAUCCUCUCCUUCAUGGACGUCGAGGGCAACUACUUCACCGUCCUCGCUUACCGCUAUACCAACCUCCUCUCCGCCCAACUCCUCAACUUCUGGUCCAUCAUCUGCGUCGUCAUCGUAUCCUUCACCCUCCUCCACGUGCGCUACAAAUGGGCCAAGAUCGCCGGGAUCCUGAUCUGCUGCGGCGGCAUGGGCAUCCUGCUCGCAUCCGACCACAUCACGGGCGUAAACGGCGGUUCGCCCCCCACGAUGCUGAAGGGCGACCUCUUCGGUCUCGCUGGCGCGACGUUUUACGGCCUCUCGAACGUCUUCGAGGAGUGGUUCGUCAGCAAGCGGCCCGCGUGGGAAGUCCUCGGCAUGCUAGGCUGCUUCGGCGUCAUCAUCAACGGCAUCACAGCCGCCAUCUUCGACCGCGCCUCCUUCCAGUCCGCGACUUGGGACGGGCAGGUCGGGGGCUACAUCGUGGGCUACACUUUGGCGCUCACCAUCUUCUAUUCCCUGGCUCCCAUCAUCCUGCGCAUGGCGUCUGCUGCUUUCUUCGAUAUCUCGCUGCUCACGGGCAAUUUCUGGGGUGUCAUUAUCGGCAUCCAUGUCUUUGGAUACUCGAUCUAUUAUCUGUAUCCGAUUGCAUUCGUGUUGAUUAUCGUGGGGCUGGUGGCGUAUUUCCUGGCGGGUAGUAUGUUGGGGGAUAGUAAGAAGCCGUGGUUGGGACAGAAUCAGGAGGGGGGGCAUGCGGGGUAUGGGACGGCGAAGUUGAAGGCUAUUAAUGAGGCGAGGAGGGAGGGGAUGGUUGGUGAUCAUCAAGCUUAGAGGUAUAUCGAGAGAAUGGAGGGUAGAGAGAGGGUGUGAAUGUGAGACGGUGGAGAUGAUUAUAGAUGGUCAAUGAUUGAUGAUUUACUGCUCAAUUC